AAACACGACGACGACGCCGGUGGCGGGGUAGUGCCGGUCGAGGAAGUGGCAGGCGGCUGUGGCCCAGUGAACCCGUGCCCGGGCACCGCGGAGAGACUCAAAAGGGGGAGGAAGGGGGAUCCCAACCCCCUGGAGUGGUGACAGAUGCGGGUGAAAGAUCCAUCCUCCCAAGGUAAUGGUGAUAUGACGAAGAAGAGCAGAAGACCUAAAAAGCCUCAAGAUGAUGAUUCGUCUGAUGAAGUGUUGGGUUCUGCCUGCCAGCAUACAGGCAGAGGAGUGGAUCUGAUGCAAGUGAAGAAAGCUGUUACCCAGAACCACUGGUCAGUUUGUUUAGAAUGUGCCAGAACUUUGAAAGCAUGUGGUGAAGACUCGGAUGUUUCGUUAAAUGUUUGGAUGUGUCUGAAGUGCGGUUAUCAGGGUUGUGGUCAAAACUCACAAGAGCAACAUUCUUUGAAGCAUUUCCACACUACGCAUUUGGAUCCACAUUGUAUUGCAGUCAGUUUGGACUCAUGGACUGUUUGGUGCUAUGAAUGUGAUGAGGAAUUAAUACCCUGCAAUAAAAAGGUUCUUGCUCCCUUAAUGGACUUUCUGCAAAAGCAUGCCACAAAGACACAUUCAGGUUUAAGUUCUAAACUGAUGAAAGUUCAAGAUGAAAAUUCAGAUGGUGGUGAAACUGUGAGAGCAAAGCAUACAAUCAACAAUGCAGCUGUUCUUGUCAAAGGACUAAGCAAUUUAGGAAAUACUUGCUUCUUUAAUGCUGUUAUGCAGAACAUGGCUCAGACCCAUAUGCUUAGUGAUCUUAUGCAUGAGAUGAAGGAAAAGGGAACAAAAUUAAAGAUCUGUCCACCUACAGAAUCAAAUUUGGAUCCAUUGAUGGUGAUACUUCCUGGUCCUGGAUCUUUGACCUCAGCUAUGCAUUUAUUUCUUCAUAGUAUGAAAGAAGCAGGAAAAGGGCCACUGGUACCGAGAAUUCUUUUCAAUCAAUUAUGUCAGAGAGCACCACGUUUUAGGGGUUUCCAGCAGCAAGAUAGCCAGGAACUGCUUCACUAUUUACUGGAUGCAAUGCAGAUUGAAGAAACUAAGCGCAUACAGAGUGCCAUCUUAAAAGCCUUCAACAGCCCGACAGUCAAAACUGCCGAUGAAGAAACUAAACGAAAAGUAAAAGUGUAUGGAAGAGAAGGUGUGAAGAUGAAUUUUAUCAACCAGAUUUUUGUCGGAGAGUUGAUCAGUACCAUCAUGUGUGAAGAGUGCUUGCAUAUUUCAUCUGUUAGAGAGCCAUUUAUCGAUCUUUCACUUCCUAUUGUUGAAGAAAGGCAGAGUUAUGUGAACAAACAAAGGAUAAAAGGAAUAAAGAAGUCAACAGAUGAAGAGAGGAGUUGGCAAGCUUCUGCAGAACAAAGUAAUGGACACAAUGAGGAGGAGAGUAAACGGACACUUCAUUGCUCUAAUCUAAGUCAGUCAGAAGGUAGUGAUAAAGAUGGGAAUCAGUCAGAUAGAAGCAUUCUAUCAGACCGAAGCAAUGAUGCGGACACUGAAGCAUCAGAACCUGAGAACCCUUCAAAACCAACGGAGUCCCUGAGCUGCAGCACUGAUUCCAACUUUGGUUUGACAACUGUCAACCACAAAUUGUUGAACGGUAAUUUAGUUCAAUUCAACCAUUCAGACUGCAGUUGUAAUGAUUCUAUUUCCAGUGGGGUAGCAAAACUCAACCUUGGCAGUACCAAAAAGGAAAAUCUAAUCAUUGAUUCUGUUUAUGGGGAACAAGCCGACAGUGUUUCGUUCGGCAUUCAAGACACAAAAGAAAAAUCUAUUGUCUCAAAAAACACAGUUACAGCUUUUCAAACGCUGUCCCGGAGCUACAGAGCCAGACCUAAGGAAUGUUCUCUUCAGUCCUGUCUUGCCCAGUUCACAUCCAUAGAUCUUCUAAUGGGUAACAACAAACUGUUGUGUGAAAAAUGUACAGAGAGAAAACAAAAACAGCACAAGAAGGCACAGUCAGCAGAAAAGAAAUCGGAACAUAUAUAUACAAAUGCUCGGAAGCAAAUGUUGAUCUCGGCUGUCCCACCUAUAUUAAAUCUUCACCUUAAAAGGUUCCACCAGGCAGGUUUGAGUUUGCGGAAAGUGAAUAAACAUGUGGAUUUCCCUUUAGUACUGGAUCUGGCACCAUUCUGUUCUUCCAACUGCAAGAAUGUUGGAGAUGAAAGCAAAGUGCUGUAUGGACUUUAUGGAAUCGUUGAACACUGUGGCUCCAUGCGUGGAGGCCAUUAUGCAGCCUAUGUGCUAGUCAGAACAGCCAACAAAAAACUGUCUGAACAUACCUCAGCAAACAAAAAUAUUUCAGGUUUCAGAGAUGUUGGAGCACCACCAGGCCAAUGGGUUUAUGUCAGUGACACCCAUGUACAAACAGUUCCUGAAGCUAGAGUACUUAAUGCUCAGGCCUACUUGUUGUUCUAUGAACAACUUUCAAAAAAACAUGGGCUGUAACAUUUUCUAAUUUAUGCCUACUCAUGUUGGUUUUACAAACUUUUCAUGCUAUCUUAAAUUAAUCAGAUAAAGUUCAGAGGACAUCAUGAUAAAAUUUGCUGCAACCAGCAGAAAUAUAAAUGCACUUUGAUUAUGAAUGUAAGUAAAAGCAGUGAGAGGUUUUGCUGACAAAAUUAUGCCUUUUGAAGCCUGUUGUUUCCCUUCACCACCACCACCACCACCCUUCCCUGCCACAGAAUUUAUUCAGACUGAUAGAAAUGCACGUGUUUUCAUUAUGGUCAUUUACAUUCAAUAUAUAUUUUUCAACUUCAGAAUAAUCCUACAUUGACUGUAUUUAUAAAGACAAUGACUAUUUACAUUCAAGAAGAGGAAGAUUAGUCUCUGGUCUUAGAGAUUGUUAUAACUUCCUAUUUUGUGAAUGAUUUUCAUAUAAAGGACAGAAAUAAGAUAAAAGAAUAUUGAACAAGUUAAUAUCUGAUAGAUUUAUAUUUUUUAAAAAGAAUGAAAUUUAGUUCUUUGGAAGCUCAUCUCACUUCAUGCAUUGUUACACAUUAUAAAAUUAUUGUGUCACAAAUUCUGGAUUGUAAUACAUGAAAUGCUAUUUGUGUGUUAAUUCACUCAAAAUGUACCAGAAGGGUGCACUGAGAGUCUCUUUCUCAACUUGACAUAGUUUCAUAAUACCAUUUAAUUUAUGUAUUUUGUGUUCCAAGUCUUUAUUGAUGCCCACUAUCACAAACAUGUUGUUUGCUCAAGGAUAUCUUAAUAAAUAAUUAUUGCCCAAC